AUGGGACCUUUAAAUCUGCUUUCAGCCAUGGUUUUGGCCAUGUGCUGUGAUGUCCAGUUUGCAUCAGCUUGGACGGUGAAUAAUUUCCUCAUGACUGGACCAAAGGCUUUUCUGACCUAUGCCAGCAGUGUGCAGAUGGGCGCACAGAGUGGAAUACAUGAGUGUAAACACCAGUUUGCGUGGGAAAGGUGGAACUGCCCAGAGAACACGCUGCUGUUAUCCACACACAACGGCCUUCGUAGUGCCACAAGGGAGACGUCUUUUGUCCAUGCCAUAAGCGCUGCCGGAGUGAUGUACACGCUCACCAAGAACUGCAGUAUGGGAGACUUUGACAACUGUGGCUGCGACGACUCCAGAAUUGGACAGACAGGUGGCAGAGGAUGGAUCUGGGGAGGUUGUAGUGACAAUGUGGCGUUUGGAGAGAAGAUCUCCAAACAGUUUGUGGACGCGCUCGAAGGUGGGCAGGAUUCGCGCGCAGCAGUCAACCUACAUAACAACGAGGCAGGCAGACUGGCAAUCAAAGCAACCAUGAGGAGAGCCUGUAAGUGUCACGGAGUGUCUGGGAGCUGCAGCAUCCAAACCUGCUGGAUGCAGCUGGCCGACUUCAGAGAGGUGGGUAACUACCUGAAGAUGAAGUACGAACAUGCAAAGAAACUGGAGAUGGACAAGAAGCCUGCGAGGGUUGGGAACAGCGCAGACAACAGAGGAGCCAUCGCGCACACUUUUCGGAGCAUCGCUCGCACGGAGCUCAUUUACCUGGAGGAUUCCCCGGAUUACUGUGUCAAGAACCAGAGCCUGGAAUUUCAGGGCACAGCGGGGCGGGAGUGUCUGAAGGGUGACAAGAACAUGUCCCUGUGGGAAAGAAAGAGCUGCCGCAGGCUGUGCUAUGAAUGCGGCCUCAGAGUGGUGGAGAAGCGCAUUGAGGUAGUCAGCAGCUGCAACUGCAAAUUUCACUGGUGCUGCACAGUUAAGUGUGACAAAUGCACACAGGUCGUUACCAAAUAUUACUGUGCACGUAAGGAAGGCGGGAGAAAGCCACAUAAUAAAACGAAGCGGAGGCACCGUGCGCGCCGGCACUGA